AUGGCUGCUGCUGCUGCUCCGUCUGUGGCGACGUCCCCGUCCCCAUCCCCGGCGCCGGCGCCCAAGGUCGCGUCGCCCAAGGCCGGCGACAGGAAGGUGGUGCCGGCGGACGCGGUGGAGGUGGAGGAGAAGCACGUGCUGGCGGUGGACGACAGCUCCGUCGACCGCACCGUCAUCGCCAAGAUCCUCCGCAGCUCCAAGUACAGAGACAUGGAAGGAAGGCUGGAGCUGCUCGCGCUGGGUCUGCUCCCCGACGUGAACAUGAUCAUCACGGACUACUGGAUGCCCGGGAUGACUGGGUACGAGCUCCUCAAGCACGGGCCCUCUUACGCCUUCGGCUUCUUCUCCACCAACCACCAGGCGCCGCCCUGCAACAGCGGCGGGAUCAUGACCUCCGUGGUGGAGGGCAUCCCACAGGUGGUCUGGUCCGCCAACCGCGGCCAGCCCGUCGGGGAGGGCGCGUCCACGGAGCUUACGUCCGCGGGCAACCUCGUGCUCUGCUUCGCCCCCGGUGGCGCCGUCGUGUGGUCAGCGGGCACCGCGGGGUGGUCCGUGGCCGCGAUGGCCGUCGCCCGCGACGGCAACCUGGUGCUCCUCGACGCGCGGAACGCCACGGUGUGGCAGUCGUUCGACCACCCCACCGACGCCCUGCUCGUCGGGCAGUCGCUGCGCCAGGGCGCGCGCCUCGUCGCCAACUCCUCCGCCGCUGACUGGUCCGCGAGCCGGCAGCCGGCUCUACCUGACCGUUGCCAACGACAGCCUCAGCGCCUACGUCGACGCCAAGCCGCCGCAGCGAUCGGCGCCUCCGACGUGUUCGCCGUCCCCGGGGACUUCAACCUCACCCUGCUCGACUACCUCAUCGCGGAGCCGGGGCUGAGCCUCGCCGGCUGCUGCAACGAGCUCAACGCCGAGUACGCGCGGUCGCGGGAGCUGCCGUCGCCCACAGCCGCGCCGCCAGCGGCUGCUGCUGCGGUGGUCAUUGACGUGGAGGAGACACAGGAGGAGAGGAUCAUCAGAGAGGAGACCGACGAGCUGAUGCGCAUCGGCAGCGUGAAGCACGCGCUGCGCUCCAAGUCCGGCCGCGCGCCCGCACAGUUCCCACACUCGCACUCCACAGGGCACUCGCUCGCAGUCGCAGCGUCUGCCACCACCGGCACCGGCACCGGCGCUGGCACCGAGAGGUUCACGCUGCGUCUGCCCGACUCCGGGACCUCGCCGCGGCGGGGAAGCUCCAGCGUACCACGAGCCUAG